CACACCUCCGAAAGGGCAUCCGCCUGUUCUCGGCCGCCCCCAGUCCGGCCUGCGGUGCAGACUCUGCCCUGGGCAGUGGGGGAACAACCCUUCCAGCAGGAGGCAGAGCGGCUCGGGGGCUGCCGCCGGCAGGAGGCACCAAUAACCCCUGCGAGCCUGCAGCAGCUCGGAGCUAUUGGGAGCCGACCCGGCCGGGCAGGAGCUGGCUGCCCUGGGCUCGCCCGCCGGAGGCAGCGCGGCCGGAGCCACCCUGCAGACUGGGGCCGCGCCCCUCCCGGGUGCGAUUGUGACAUGGCCGGGGGCGCAGCUCGUGGCCCCGCGGCCCCAGCCCAGCGGCGGGCGGCCAUGGAGCGGCAGGAGCAGUCGGGGCCGGCGGGCGCCGCCGAGCCCGGGGAGAGCCCGGAGGCGCAGUUCCAGGCCGUGGUGCAGCGGACGCAGGUGCUGCUGCUGGCCGGCGAGACGUGGGAGGCGGACCGCGCCCGGGCCGCGCUCAGCUCCUUCGCCCACGAGGUGCUGCCCGUGGCCCGCCGCGCCGCCAGCCCCGCGCCGCCCAGCGCGCCGCCGGCCGGGCAGCUCGUCUUCUUCCUGUGCCGCGCCCCGUCGCUGCGGGGCCGGGCCGCGCGGCUGCGGGAGGUGCUGCGGGGCGUGCGGGAGCAGAGCCGCGGCGCGCCCGCCGCCCUGGUGGGGGUGAUCGUGCAGCCCCGGCCGGAGGAGGAGGCGGAGGCGCGGCGCCGCCUGGAGGAGCUGCUCCUCGAGGUCUUCCAGCCGCCGGAGUCGGGGCCGGGCGCCGCGCCGCGGGUCGAGGUGCACACGGCCGUGUUCCGCCCCGGCCGGCCCGAGGGGGCCCUGGAGGUCAAGAAAGCCGCUUGCGAGGCCCUGAGGGAAGAGCCAGCUGCCCGGAGCCCUCGUCUCCUGCUCCUCACUGGCCUGCUGGCCCUGUCAGCCCCAGUUUUUACCCUGGAAAUACACAAUCUGAACAUCUUAAAGGGACCCACCCGUGCAAUCCGGAACAUCUACCCAAAGGACCUGAAGGCAGCCUGGCCCAAGGACUGCAGCGAGAUAACCUGGAACAGGGUCAGUGGCGUCUUCGUCAUCCAGCCCACAGGACUCCAUCAAUUCGAGGUCUACUGUGACUUGAACAGCACCAGCGAGGGCUGGACGGUCCUCCAGCGGAACCGGCAUGACACACAGAUCACCUGGGCUGAGUCCUGGAGCACCUACAAGUACGGCUUUGGCAACGUGCACAAUGACUACUGGCUGGGGACGGAGUACAUCUAUCAGAUCGCCAAGCAGAAGGUCUACCAGGUCAGGUUUGUCAUCCAUGAUUCAUCCGGCACCAUGAAAUACGCUGACUACAACCUCUUCGGUCUGGAAGACGAGUCCAAAGGCUACAGGCUGAGGCUGGGCUCUUACACUGGGACUGCAGGGGAUGCCAUGACUUCAAACAAUCCUAGCACUGUGCAUGACAACAUGAAGUUCUCCACUAAAGACCUGGAUCAGGACACUUACAGUGGGAACUGUGCAUCUAGCUAUGGUGGGGGCUGGUGGUACUCGGCUUGUUAUUCUGCUCAACUGAACACUAAAGGGAGCAUCACUUGGGGUAGUGUCUGUAGUGGGAACUGCCAAGCCUCCGCCAUCCUCAUCAAACCAGCAACUUACUGUUAGUGACCCCUUCCCCACCCUCCUGUCUGCAGUGAGGCCAACCCCUGCUCCAUGAAGGGAUGGAAAAGGGUCUGAGUGUGUCAUGGCCAAACCUCCUGCCUGCCCUCACAGGCCUUGCUUGGGGGAAGUAUCAGGGUUACCCAGGAAACGAGGCCACUUUCCUUCUCCUCUCCCUCCCUGCAGACUUUCCGAGCUCUUCUCCGCUGGGCUUUUCUCCGCUGGGCUGACUCCCGUGCACCAGCAUUCAGCCUGGAGUGACUCUUCUGGGUCAUUUUAGCUCAGUGAUGCAAUGAGCAGGCCUAGAGAUCGCUGGAAAGGCAAAAUCCCAAGCAUGGCGGGAGCUUCACAAACACCCUCUGCAUGGCCCUGCCUGGGGAUCCAGGCUUUGGAAUAAACACACACUUCUAAGCAGUGAGGUCUGCAGCUGGUAACUCUGUGCCCCACUGUCACUAUCUCUCUGGGUGCUCCCAUGGGCAUCACACUGCUGGAGAACAUGCCUGGCAUUACCAGAUUCACAGACAGGGCGUGCAGGGCUGCUGGGAUGGGCCCUUUGCUCCCCGCUUCACCAAGAGUAAGUCUCCAGGCCACCAGCCCUUCUGUUUUGGGGGUGGGGGACGGAAGGAGAGACUGGGGCCAGAGGGAUUUUUGGGGGGAGGAGAAAGAGAUGUGAGGGGGAGGACAGACUUGGGCCCUUAGUUCUGGGAGAGAGGAGUCCUUGGGCCCCCUGCCCUCCGGACCACAUCCAGAGAGCUUGUGGGGCAGAGGCAGCGUCCAUCCCACUCCCACCGCAGGCGGAGCCGCUCCUCAGCCUGAGACUGAAGGCUCUGCCCGCAGCUCUGCCUGGCCAAGUGCAGACCCCUGGGCACUGGGACUGCUGGAGCAGGAGCACAGUGCUUGCCUCACACCAGGGCAUCCCGUGGCAGCCCCCAUCUAUGGGGUAUCACACUAGGCCUAAAUGCUGUGGCCAGGUCCCUGGACUCUGCAGCACUUCGUUUAAAUUAAAGAAUGGUCCCCAGGGGCUGGUGCCGAGGGCAUCUUCGUGGGGUAGGACCCUGCUGGCCGGAGCCAUGUGGCAGCUGGGACUGGGUGGGGAGGCCCUAGACCACUGGGCUGGAUGCACCCCAUUGCUUGUGUGGUAAGAUGCAGCCUAUUUCCCCAGCUAGCACAUGCUCCCAUGGCAGCUUGCACACUAGUUAGCUAGGAGUCUGGCCGCACCCCUUGGCAGAGGACAAUGCCCCUGUGAUGGCCCGCAGGCUUGGUGCAAGGACUGGUCCUUUUCCCUAGUGCUGUCUGGGGCCCAACAUAGGAACCCUGCCCCACUCCUGCACAGACAGGCGGAGGGGGGGAAGAGGCUCCUGGUGCUCCCAUGCCACCUGGCACAGGGCCUGGCUCUUCAUCUCUACAUCUGUCCUGCCCCCGCAGUCAGCAGGGCCAGUUCUCUGAAGGGGUCGGUACCCCCUCCCUCGGCAUCACCGUGGAGCUGCUCCAUGUGACACCAUCAUUCAGCUUGUGCCGAUCAAUCAUUUCACAGGAAACAUUUGAAAAUGCUCUGGUUUGAAGCUCCCCAGCUCACUUCCAGUGCAGGGCUCCUGGCUGGCCCCUGCCUGUUGCCACGGGCAGCUUCUCACACUCCCCUCAGCCCACAAGGGGGGGGAUUGGGACCUGGGACGUUAGACAUAGUGGUCUGGCCAGCGAAAUCCCUGCUCUUUGUUCCCAAGCCGCACCCAGCACUGAUGCCAGUCACAUUCCCAGGCCGCGAGGUUACACGCAAGCUGCCAAUGGAAAAGGGGCACGUUCAUCUUCCCACUUCAGCAGCACUGUCUGAUAACCUCUGUGUCCUGCAGAGCCACUGGGGCCAGGGGUGCUGGCUGGGCAGCACGGGGCCUGGGCUGGGCCCUGGGAGACAGGCCAUGGGCGGAGCAGGGAUGGGGGCAGACAGGGUUAAGCAGGGCUCUGGAAAUCUGGGAGGAGGAUGUCUGUGUGAGGGGGAUGGAUGGGGGUGCCUAACUGUGGGAUUGGCCUGAUCUGGGAGUCUGGGCUGGGCAACAGUGACUGUCUCCACAGCAAGGCAACUAGGGCUUCCCAUGGGGCUGUGCCAGCAAACAGGCUGCAGCUUCAAGCACCCAUGCACGGGGCUCCCCAGAACCACAGGCUGCCCCCACAGCCCUGGUCCAGUCCCCCAGACACCCCUCCUAAUACUCUUCUCUUCCAUAAUCCCCCUUACCCUGAUCACCACCUUGCCCCCACAUUCCCGGUCACCCCGCCCAGCUCCCCAGCACCCCUGCUCCCCUCCCCUCUGUGCUGCUGUGACCGUGGCACAGCAGAGUGUGCUCUUAGCUGGCUGCUCCAUGGGGUUGACAUAACUAUAAAGGGAGGGGUAACCACCUGUCUGCAUACAGGGCUACAAAAUCCCCCUGGCCAGAGGCAACACCCUUUCACCUGUAAAGGGUUAAGAAGCUAAGGUAACCCUGCUGGCACCUGACCCAAAUGACCAAUGAGAGGACAAGAUACUUUCAAAUCUGGAGGGGGGGGGGGAACAAAGGGUUCUUCCAUCUGUGUGAUGCUUUUGCCAGGAACAGAUCAGGAAUGCAGCCUUACAACUCCUGUUAACUUAGUAAGUAAUCUAGCUAGAAAUGCGUUAGAUUUCCUUUUGUUUAAUGGCUUGUACAAUAAGCUGUGCUGGAGGGAAUGUAUAUUCCUGUUUUUGUGUCUUUUUGUUACUUAAGGUUUUGUCUAGAGGGAUUCUCUAUGUUUUGAAUCUGAUUACCCUGUAAGGUAUUUACCAUCCUGAUUUUACAGAGGUGAUUCUUUUUACUUUUUCUUCUACUAAAAUUCUUCUUUU